AUAUACAUCAUCAUCCUCGCGGUAGGCGCCUGGUUCCUGUCAGCCUACUUAUAUCGUUGGCUACUUUCAAUCGCCACAGAAGCACCUUCAAAACCUCACACAGACUGAGGCAUGUCCGCUGCAGGGGCAGCACACCCACCACCUUCACCACCGCCGCCGCCGCCGAGAGGCUUUCAUAGUCUACCUGCUGAAUUACUACUACUUAUCACCCAGUACAUCCGGACAGAAGACUAUCUCAGCUUCGCCCUCGCCAUCUACCCUACGCUCGAGCGCCAUGGCCUGGUUCCUCCACUUACGGUAGGCAUCUAUCAUCGAAUCAUUGGCGCUUGGCAAAAUAGAGCAGCGCCCGUAGAAAACACACGCCCGGAUCCUCCAGGACCUGGAAUUCUACCGAUCGAGCUAGUCGAGUUGAUACUGAGAUCUCUAGAACCGGCUGAUGUCAUCGCCGUCAUAUUCGCACAUCGGCGCCUUAUUGCGAGGUACCUGCCCGCAACAUCACUGAGUCCCGCCACCAGGGAGCGGCUCUGGAGUUUUAUCGGCCCAGGAUGAGUAGUAAAAUUGGGGCGCGGUGCUAGAUGGGACCUAUGCUUGGGGUACACAUGUCUGCAGUCCAGGUAUCAUGUACCAAAACGAGGUAAUGCUUAAUGGUUGAAGGGAGCAUUUGCCAUAACAGGAUCGUUCAGAUCCGAUUCAGGGCGUAGAUAUGUCAUACCGAGCAUGAAUGCAACGGUCCAUAUCAUAAUAUGGCAGAUCAUGGGUAGUGGGCUAGUGAGCGGUAUCACCUCCUUGGAUUUUCUACCUUAAAUCACACACAAUGAAAGCCUUAUACAAGUUACAUAUUUUCAUUGUUUAU